ACAGUCAAUCACUUCCAACUCUCGCGUUCGGUUCACGUCAAACUAUCGCCCGCGGUUCGCGAUAUUGUGGCCUUGCCUUCAGUUGUGAAAUUAGUUUGCAAAUUGCAGUGCCAGCCAAAACCAUCUUGAUAUUCACGAUUCUCGACUAAACAGCGGGGGAAUUCCCCCUUCGUUUGCCGAACAGAAAAAUGACAUCCAACUGGGACAAACUGGCGCUGCUGAUGUGGAAGAACUUCCUGAUCCACAAGCGGCACCGCUGGAGGACGGCUUUCGAGAUUGGGCUUCCGAUUUUGGUGUUUUCGAUUGUGCUGAUGUUGCCGUCCACACCGCACCUGGUCGGGCCGCAGCAAUACGAACCGCUCAGCGUGGAUGGUGGCGAUAGAAUCCCACCCCAGCUGCGACAGCUUGCAUACAGUCCCCAAAACGACGUUCUGAAAGAAAUUGUUAACACGGCGUGCAAAACCCUUGGCAUUUCCAAGUGUGAUGGCUUCAACAGCUCUCUCGAAAUGCAGGUGGCCAUAUCCAACAGCAGCUACCUGUGUGGUAUCGACUUCGGUGAUCACUCAAAAACCAUAUCGAAACUGUCCAAUGCGACAACCUUCAAGCUACGGUUUCCGUCGGAACUUCGCUUCCAAAUGCCCGGUGAAUCGGAGUCGGAUUGGAGCACCAAUCUCCUGGCAGUCAAGUUCUCGGUUUCCAACUACAACCCAACAAGUGGCGACGGAGGCCCACCACACUAUUGGCAGGAGCAGUUCCUAGCCGUCCAAACGGCCAUUUCGCGAGCAUUGAUUGCCAAGCUCGCUCCGACUGCGGAGGUGCCUUCAGCUAUGGACAUUCGCCGCUUCCCAUAUCCUACAACCAUGGAUGACGAUCUUUACGCUUUGCUUCCGCUCAUGGUAUCCAACUGGCUGCGGUUGGUCUUCAUGUAUUUCUUCAUCAAUUGCGUCAAAUACAUCGCACUCGAGAAGGAGCUCCAGCUCAAGGAAUCUAUGAAGCUGAUGGGUCUUCCCGGUUGGAUUCAGUGGACUGCUUGGUUUGUGGAGCUGCUGCUUAUGAUGCUGAUUCCAGUGACGUCGAUCACGAUCAUGCUCAAAGUGUCAAUUUUCCCGUUCUCGAACUGCUUCCUAGUGUGGACCUAUCUGACCUUGUACUUGUCGGCGGUUAUCUGUUUUAGUUUUCUGGUAAGUGUGUUCUUCAACAAGGCUACCCGAGCGGCUACGCUGGGUUCGUUGCUUUGGAUCGCAUCGUUUAUCAAUCUGCCAAGUGGGGCACCAUUCUGGGCGAAGAUCCUGUACUCGCUGAUGACAAAUCCGGCCAUGGGUUUCGGGAUGGAUGACAUCGUGCGGCUUGAAACCGCUGGCGUUGGGUUGACGUGGAAAACGUUGUUUACUGCAACGGAGAUGAAGAACCCCUACUCGCUUUCGGUGGCGGUGGCGAUGCUGUUGAUCAACAUCUUCCUGUAUCUGUUGUUGACGAUUUACUUGGAACAGAUUAUGCCAGGGAAGUUUGGGGUUGCUAAGCCGUGGUUUUUCCCCUGCACGAAAGAUUUUUGGAGACGUGGAGCAGCUACGGAAGUGGAUUCUUUGCUGGAGCCAACACAGAGAUCGAAAUUCUUCGAAGAGGAGAACCAAUCGCGAGGUGCAGGAGUUCAGAUUCGAAAUUUGCGAAAGGUCUACGCAGGUGGGAAGAUAGCAGUCGAAGGGUUGAAUCUGAAUUUGUAUGAGGGUCAGAUUACGGUGCUGCUCGGUCAUAAUGGUGCGGGUAAGACUACAACGAUGUCCAUGUUGACGGGAAUGUUUUCGCCGAGUUCGGGUACGGCGCUGAUCAACGGCUACGACAUCCGACGACGGAUGGACGAUGUGCGGAGUUCAAUGGGUUUCUGUCCACAGCACAACGUGCUGUUCAAUGAAUUAACAGUCCAUGAACAUUUGGAGUUUGCUGCGCGAUUGAAGGGAAUUAGAUCAGAUGAGGUUCGUUUGGAGAUAGAUCGGUACAUCAAUCGGUUGGGGUUGAUGGACAAGGCUCGGGCGCAGUCUUGUACACUUUCCGGAGGUAUGAAGCGGAAGCUGUCCGUUGGCAUGGCGAUGUGUGGGAACCCGAAGGUGGUGCUACUGGACGAACCCAGUACCGGAGUUGAUCCAACGGCAAGACAUGCACUGUGGGAUUUCUUGCACGAGGAAAAGCGAGAUAAGACGGUCCUGUUGUCAACGCAUUACAUGAAUGAAGCCGAUGUUUUGGGCGAUCGAAUUGCGAUCUUGGCAGAUGGGAAAUUGUCAGCAAGUGGUUCGCCGUUCUUUUUGAAGAACGCUUACGGAGUCGGCUACCGUUUGGUUUGCGUCAAAGGACGAAAGUACAACGAGAUGGUUCUGUUGGAGACGUUGCGUAAGUACAUUCCUAGUGUGAAGGUUGACAGCGAAAGCUCUUCAGAAGUGGAAAUUCUGCUCGAGAAAAAAUACAUUCAAAGUUAUGAGCCAAUGCUGAACGAGCUGGAGAGAAACAUGGAGGCCUGUGGUGUAUCGAGCUAUGGGGUGUCAUUCACAACGCUGGAGGAGGUCUUCAUGAAGGCUGGAACAGAAUCCCAUCUUCGAUCUCCCAACGAUGGAAAUCGGUCCACUGUUGACUCCGUUCACCCGGAGUCCCGAACAGAGCCCAACAGUCUGCUUAUCGGAGCCAACCUUCUCCAAAGUAGCUUGUUUAACCAAGUUAAGGCGCAACUGCUGAAGAAAUUCAUCUGCACCAAGCGAUCAUGGAUACAGUUUUGCUGGACAACAUUCCUCGUACCGGUCGUGAUGAUGAUCCUUCUUGCGUUCCCAAUACAGCUCAAAUCGGACAACUCCCUACCACCUUUGGGAAUGUCUCUCAAUACCUAUGGGAAGUCGUUCAGCGUCGUCGAGGAAAACAAUGCAACGGUUGCAACUGAGUACCAACGCUUAUUUAGUGGAUCACACAAUUUAGAGAUCAUCAAGAACAAGACGGAUUCGUACAUUCUUCAUAAGUACAAUCGAUCGAUCCUGGAGUAUAACUCCCAGCUACUCGUGGGAGCCACCUUUUCGAACGAAUCCUACACAGGUUGGUUCAACGCCAAGAACCUCCACUCAGCCCCACUGGCUUUGAACAUGAUUUUCAACGCAAUUCUGCACACCGUCUGCCCAUCCUGUAGCAUCACGACCGUCAAUCAUCCUUUACCGCGACAAAUCAAGGGAAAUAGUGACCCAACAGAUAACGGCAACUACCUUCAGCAUCUAAACAUCGUUCUCGCGAUCGUUUUCAUCAUGGCCUACGUGCCAUCGUCCUACGUAACGUUUUACAUCCGGGAGCGCACCAGUCGAGUCAAACUGCUCCAGAUCGUCAGUGGUCUCCACACAGAACUGUACUGGUUCGUCAACUUCAUGUGGGAUCUUCUGAUCUUUACGCUAAGCUGUAUUGUUAUUCUGAUAAUGAUCUUCGGAUACCAAGUCGACGGGUGGAGUGAUCCUCAACCUCUCUUCACUCUACUCUUUAUCUUUUUCGUUUUUGCACUGGCGAUACUUCCCAUGAUCUACUUGUUUUCCUUCAUGAUCAGCAACCCUGCCUCUGGAUAUUCGAGAGUUUUGCUAAUAAUUGGAAUUGGCGCCAUUGGACUUCUACUGAUUCGCUUGCUCUUCAUGUACAUCGAGUUCAAUACGUUGGCAGACUUCAUCGGGUACGGCUUCAUGUUCAUACCCACAAUAUCUCUAGCAAUUAUUCUGGACAAGUUCUCCACCUACACCAGCACCGAGGUGUCCUGUGAUUCCAUUUGCAAGCUUAUCCCUAAUUGCACCAGGGACACACUGUGCGAGUCCAUGCCGCAAUGCUGCGCCGCUUAUUCAAAUCUGUUUAGCUUCACAUCGAGCGGAAUGCUGCGAGAACUUUGUUUCAUGAUCGCCACCGGAGCCAUAUGCUUCAUCCUCAUCAGUUCCAUCGAGCGCAAACUUUUGAAUCGUCUCUGGAAAUCAGUCUACCCAUCCAAAGAUUUUCGCUACGUCGUUCCACAGCCGCACAUGGACUCGGAUGUUUUGCUCGAGAAGAGCCGUGUUACGCAGAUGACGGACACCGAUAUCGCCACCCACAGUUUAGUACUUCGGAAUCUCACGAAGAACUUCGGCCCCAUCACGGCCGUCAAAUGGCUAUCUCUGGGAGCUCACCCAUCCGAAUGUUUCGGCCUCCUCGGGGUCAACGGAGCUGGAAAAACCACAGCCUUCCGCAUGAUGACCGGUGACGAGAGCAUUUCAUUUGGCGACGUUUGGAUCAACGGUGUGAACAUCAAAACUGGCCUUGCCAAAGCCUAUCAGCACGUCGGCUACUGUCCCCAGUUCGACGGAUUGCUUGACGAAUUGACUGGAUUGGAAACGCUUCGAAUAUUCGCGAUGCUGCGAGGAAUCCCAAGCAGCGAUAUCCGCUCGGUUGUACGAUCGCUUGCCGAGGAGCUUGGACUAAGCAAACACCUGAAUAAACCGGUCCGGGAGUAUAGUGGCGGCACCAAGAGGAAGUUGAGCACUGCAUUGGCACUGAUCGGUAACCCAUCGGUGAUCUUUCUGGAUGAACCAACCAGCGGGAUGGAUCCGGGAGCAAAGCGACAACUAUGGAACGUGAUCAAUCGAAUGCGCGACUCCGGCAGGACGAUCGUCCUCACCACGCACAGUAUGGACGAGUGCGAGGCUCUCUGCACACGACUGGCUAUCAUGGUCAGUGGGGAGUUCAAAUGUUUGGGUUCAACGCAACACUUGAAGAACAAAUUUUCCGGCGGGUUUCUGCUGUACAUCAAGAUGGUGCAGGUUCCGGGAGAAGAUGAGCUGAGAAUUCGGGGGGCUGCGGUGAAGGCGUUCGUUGCCGAACGCUUUCGGGAUGCUGUGUUGAAUGAGGAUCUACAAAAUUCAUUCAGCUACCACAUUCCGCGCAGUGAGCUCACGUGGUCCGCCAUGUUCGGCAUUAUGGAAGCAUCGAAGGAGGUGCUCGGAAUCGAAGAGUAUUCGCUAGGGCAAACCACCCUGGAGCAGGUGUUCCUUGUAUUUGCCAGCAGCAAUAGCUGGUGAUGACUUAACUAGAUGUAUGUAUUAUGUUUCUAUAAUUCGUUUUUUAAGCCGCUUACCAGUGAUGAGAAUAUUUUCAAAAUGUCCGGGUUUACCUGGAAUGAAACAAAAAAGAAUAUGUUUUACGUUAUCAACUGUACUUUGCCAAAAAGCAAUUUAUAAUUUAAUAAGUUUUCAUAGUUGAUUACGAUCUGAAUUGAUAAUCAAAUAUAGCUCUAUAUAUCGAAAA